AUGAAGACGACGACUAUAGUUGCUGCCUCUGCAGGCACCAUUGUGACCGGUCUUCUGGCAUAUGCUAUCUACUUCGACUACAAGCGGCAUUCCGACGCUGAAUUCCGAAGGAAUCUGAAAAGAGACAACCGACGACUAGCCAGGGCAGUCCGCGAAGAAUCAGCGGCUCAAGGCGCGCGUCAAAUAGCCGAGAUUAAACAAGCCGUCGCGGAAGCGAAGGCGGAGGGCUUCCCUACCGACCCUGAUGACAAGGAGAGAUUCUUCAUGGGCCAGAUUUCAAGGGGCGAGCAAUUAGCUGCGGAUGGAUCAAGUAACUUUGAAGCAGCCCUUGCAUUCUACAAGGCUCUCAAAGUCUACCCACAACCGAAGGACCUGAUCGCCAUCUAUGACACCACGGUUCCCAAGGACGUGCUGGAGAUCCUGGCUGAGAUGGUGGGCCAGGAUACCACACUUCAACUGGGCUCGUUUACAGGUGGAAGCACAGCCGGGAGCAGCAGCGGAGGAGCGGACCAGCACGGGGUAGAAUAA